UCUCUAUGCUGCAGUACUGGCUGUCCACUGCUUCGCUGCUCUACGUGCCUUGAAAGGUUAUAAAGAAGCCACAUUUUUCAAAUGGAAGGUGGAUAUGUGCAUGAGCUGUAAUGGAGCCCCCAAAAUUGCUUGUCACCAUAUUCCUUGAGAACAAGGAAAUCAGCAGAAAAGUAUUUCAACUGAGAUCUGCAACGGCAACUCAACUUACGCAGGGUCCAAUUGACGUUGAAAAGCUUAAAGCUCUUCUUGAGAGGAAAGGUGCAAGAGUUCUGGCCGAUUAUGAAGCUUCUGGAAUGCUCUCAGAGACGUCAAGAAAGCUCCUUGUUAAAAUUGGUGUCAGUGAUUUGAUUGAGAGAAAUGGAUUUUAUCCAGCAACUGAUGACAAAACCAGGUUGGCGAGGUGUGUGGUUACACUUUUCCCGUCACUGAGAGUCAGGAUGGAAGAUCAGAAUGAAAGCUUUAUUGGAACCAGUAUUUCCAGCCUUCUGGACAACCAAAAUCCUCCUGCACGACUGGUGGAAUGUCGCCAGCCCAACCUUGUGUGUAUUGGUCAGCCCAACACCACUGCUCAAUGCAUCAUCAUUGCUGAGAACGACAAAGUUGCCAUCCCACUGCAGGAUAAUGGUUUGACCUACGCCAUCGACAAGCUUUUAAAAAUGUUUUGGAUUUGCAAUACGGUAUAUCCUGCCCAACUCACAUCUGUGUUUCACUUCUUUGAGAGUGUUUACGAAGUGCCCCUCUCUAGUGGGAAGAGAGAAAAAGUUGUGGAGCUCAUUUCAAAGCUCCAGGCUAUUCUGUAACAAAUACAUAUGUGUAACAUGCAUUUCAGU